GCCCAUAACUGCAGCCUCAGAUCAGGACAAAGAUAACAAUGCCAGUGGCUGUGAAGGCCCAAGGUUUCACAAUGAAGUGGACUCGAGAUCUUGUAUUCUGCACUUUUUUUUUCCAUGCAGUCAGUGUGAGGGCUAUUAACCCUGGAUUUAAAGGAAAAAUUACCACAAAAGGAAUUAAUUAUGGUUGCCAGAUCAUAACGUCUGUUUUGCAAAAUAGGUUACUCAAUAUGAAAAUUCCAGACAUUUCAGGCAUCAAAUACACCAAUGCCUUACAUCAACUUCAGUACGACAUAAAUAGGAUAACCAUAAGUAACGUGAAUUUACCAGACAUGAGUAUCAUCCUGGUCCCUAACCUGGGAUUGAAAGUUGCUAUGUCCAAUGGCUACAUUGAGACGAGUGGUAACUGGCAGAUUAAAGCAAAUAUUUUCAGGACUCAUGGUACUGUAAAGGCACAGAUCAACAGCAUUGCCAUCUCAUUUUACCUUAAGUUCGGCAAAGAUAAUUCAGGCCAACCUACUGUAACAAUGAUGGACUGUGCAAGUUACAUCUCAAAACUCCAAGUUUAUGUUUCAGGAAACGCUAGCUGGUUGUACAACCUGAUCAUCAGAUGGUAUGAACCAACCUUAAGAAGAUAUCUGAGUGACAAGAUCUGUCUUGAAUUGCAGAAAAUCUUCACCGAAAAAAUAGGUCCAUUUCUCCAAACUAUGCCAGUGACAAAGAAAAUUGACAAAUAUGUUGGGAUUGACUACUCUUUAACCAGUCUUCCAGAAGUGGCAAAGGAUUCACUAAUUUUGCCCCUCAAGGGAGAAUUCUAUAAUCUUUUGCAUCGUGCUGAUGUCCCUUUUCCUGCUCCACCAAUGGAUUUUUUAGUGGACCAUGACCGGAUGCUUUCUAUUGGAUUCUCUGAGUAUUUUUUUAAUUCUGCUGGUUAUGUAUUCAACUCAGUAGGCGAUUUAUCUAUUAACAUUACUGAUGACAUGCUCCCUGAGAAUUCUCAUAUACACUUGGAUACAUUGACCAUGGGAACCCUAAUACCACAGGUGAAAAAAAUUUAUCCAGUUAUGAAGAUGGAGCUUCACAUUGUAACUGAUUCUGCACCAACUGUGGCAUUUUUGCAUGGUAAAAUCAUCCUGACAACUUCUGGAGAUGUCUAUGCUUUUGCUAUCUUACCAAAUUCCACACUAGCUCCACUCUUCAGUGUAAAGCUGAAUGCACAGAUCACAACCACAAUAGAUAUAAAAGAUGACAAGAUUACUGGGCAACUAACGUUGGAUAGGAUACAAUUGUCUUUAAAGAAGUCAAACAUUGGUCCAUUUCAAGUAAACUGUCUGCAAACUGCAAUUGAUUUCCUGGUCUCUAUUGUCAUUUUACCACGUAUUAAUGCUGCCCUGGCUGAUGGAUACCCACUUCCUCUGAUCGACCACUUCAAACUGUCGAACCUUGCUGUAAAACCUCACAAGAAUUUCCUGCUGAUUGCCACAGAUUUCACCUACAUUUGAAUAUCAAAAGAGUUGCACACCAAGGACGCAGUGAUCAAAAACUGAAGCAUCC